GGAAGUAAGCAGCUGUCAGCCGCCUAAGAAUCGUGAACAGAAAGUCAGUCAUGUCGGGUGUGUCAUGUGACGUUAAUGUCAAGAUUAUUUAAUGUCCUAAACUACGUGUCUCUCGCUCAUCGCCGGGUUUACGGCUCAUGUAGCUUCCUCUGUUAGCCUGUUAGCUAGUAAACUGUAGCAUGAACGUUUGACACACAGGCUAACCGUUAGCUGACAUAGCUAACAUUGCUCUCGCACCGUUGCCAACAUCACCCCCGGCUCCCAGCUCCUCUCCUGCGGUCUGGGUGGCCUCACUGCCCCGGUGUGCGUGUGGAGGUCAUGUGAAGUGUCCGUGGGACUUCCAGCAUCAAACGUAUUCGCGAUUUAGUCGCUGCAGUUUGUGGAAACGCUAGCGAAAGCUAACUGCUAGCUUGUUGGCCAGACGUUAGCAUCAUGGGAGCCGAGCAGAGCGGAGAAGCGGAGCACAAACACUCCGACUACAGCUCGUCAGUGGUGCCGUCUCCAGCAAAACAAAAGGCGAAGAUGGAUGAUAUUGUGGUAGUGGCCCAGGGGACCCAGUCAAUGCGGAAUAUCCACAAUGACCCAGACGUCAUCAAGCUUCAAGAAAUACCCACAUUUCAGCCACUUUUGAAAGGAGUGCUGAGCGGCCAGACGUCACCCAGCAGUGUGAGUUUGGAAAGGCUGGAUGCUGCUCAGGUUCUGCAGCUCUGCAUCCGUUACCAGGACCAUCUACACCAGUGUGCAGAGGCCGUGGCCUUCGACCAGAAUGCCCUGGUCAAGAGGAUAAAAGAGAUGGACUUGUCCGUGGAAACCUUGUUCAGCAUAAUGCAGGAGCGCCAGAAACGCUACGCCAAGUACGCUGAGCAGAUCCAGAAGGUCAACGAGAUGUCCAUGAUCCUGAGACGCAUCCAGAUGGGAAUCGACCAGACGGUGCCUCUGAUGGAGCGCCUAAACAACAUGCUGCCUGAGAGCGAGCGCCUGGAGCCCUUCAGCAUGAGGCCUGAUGGGGACUCUGCCGCAAAGUAGCCUGAAGUGCAGGUCUGUCCAUCUGUAGGGAGAUGAAGUCUUUACACGAGUAGAAGGCUUGAUGCAUUAAAGUAUUUUUAUUUAUUUUUUUCAUAGUAGAUGUGGAGCUCAUGUGUAAAUGUGUGAGACUGCUCUCAUCAGAGGUGUCAUCAUGCUCUGAAAAAGCAGCAUCCAACUUACUAAACACGCAUUCACUUUCUCAUUCUGCCACUGGACCAGCUCUGUGCCCAGUCCAUACAAGUCGAGGCUCUGGGGGAUUGUUAUUUAUCCCUUCACUGCAAAUUUCUUAUCCAAGGCAAAGGAGGAACCAAAUAAUGAAGACCGAAAGAACUCCUGCAUAGGUUUUACAGACUCCAAUGUGGAUGUGAGCUACUUACAAACAUCUCAAAAUAUUUUGGGCAGUUUUCAAAAUGUACAUACACCUCCGAAAACAUCUGAACUUGCAGUGAAUUGAUUUUGGAUCAUGCACUUCACAUUACGAAUACUGGAUAUCCUGCUAUUUUCACCCCCAGUCACUGUUAUCCCUUCCAAGCACUGCUUGUAUGCAGAUUGACUGCAUUUAAUCUUCUGAACUGUAUUUGUGUAUGUCAUGUUGGGACAUUGAGAUGAAAAGACUCAGGGAGAGAACGAAUGAGGAAGGAUUAUCGCCUUUGGAUUGCACAGAGAGCAUGGAUGUGCUGUACAUUGGAAGAAAAGUGAGAAGCUCCUUCUGUUGAAUUGAUGAAUUAGAAUUUAAGUUAUUUGGACUCUUUUGCUCAAGAAGUUCUCUAAAGCUUUUUUAAACAUUUAAACCCAAUAAAGUGUAGAAAAACAGACCCUUCAAAUAGACUCACAGGUUUAAUGUUUGGGACACACAACAUAACCUUUUGUAGUGCUAACAUGUCAUGCUAACUGUCAAUGCAAUGCUAAAGAGAGGUACACAGGAAAUAAAAUCCAAAUCAGAUGAACA